CCGCUGCACAUUACAAAGGUAUGAUCUAUAUAUGCGGAUCCCACGCAUUAUAGGGCGAAAUGUGCCAGCCAUGUCGGGGCGAAGACGAAGAAACACGAGUAGGCUCGUGCCCAACAACCGGUGCGGGCGAUACAGACAAGGGGCGGAGAUCGGUCGGACGGAAACACGAAAACAGAGUCGAAACACAACGAGGAAAACACGAAUCAACACGCCAAGGACACGGGGGCCAAAGCGAGCGCGCGGCCAGAUCGGGGCCGCGUCCAGCCGGAGAACAUCCUGAAGAGCGACGACGAAGCUGGCAUCCUCCGCAGACCACCCUGCUGCUGCUGCUCUGCUGGGGAUCUGUCCGCCGACCAAGAGUCAUCCGAGGCGGUACUGCCACGGAACGAAUCGCUGUCUGAUGAACUGUCGGUGUCGGUGUCGGUCUCGGUCUCGGUAGCCGGAGGGGACAACGCGGCCGACUUGAGCGUUGCACCGAAGCGAUCUUGGAGGAUGCGCUGGAUGUUGACGCCCGCCCUGGAGUCGAAGCUGUCCGCAGACGCGUCGCUAGCCGUAGAAGAGCUGCUCGCGGACGCAGGCAACACCGAAA